GUGAGGACAGGCGGAGAGGGGACCAGCUGAUGUCAACGCUUUACGACACUUCUCCGCCAUUUCCGGCACAAACACAUGCGCACCCGAGCGAGGAAAACAUGAGAGGUCAAAAGUUAUGAUCCGAACCGUUAACAGACACGGAACGUAGCGAACAGACAUGGCCAGUUCCAUGGUGGCAGUGGGACUGGCUCUGGCAGCAGCUGGAUUUGCAGGUCGCUAUGCCAUGCAGGCCAUGAGGCAGAUGGAGCCUCAGAUGAAACAGGCCCUUCAGAGUUUCCCUAAGACGGCUUUUGGAGGAGGGUACUACCGAGGUGGAUUUGAUCCAAAGAUGUCAAAGAGAGAAGCUUCCCUGGUUUUAGGUGUCAGUCCCACGGCCAACAGGACGAAGAUCCAAGAGGCACACAGAAGGCUGAUGAUCCUGAACCAUCCAGAUAGAGGUGGAUCUCCCUACAUAGCAGCAAAGAUAAACGAAGCCAAGGAUUUCUUGGAUGCCCAGACAAAGAAGUGAAGAUGCCGGCAAUGGCGAAAACGUGAUGGCUCACCGCUCUUAUCCAAGCCGUUUGCACUGACCCGACUGGAGGGAUUUCUAACUGAUUGUUGUCAAAUUAAAUUCAUGCUGUACAAGUUGU